UGACAGGUGUUUGACCUCCUGAAUCGUAAAUCCAAGCUGAGGGUGCUGGAGGAUGGGAAGCAGCAGAUGCAGGUUGUGGGGCUUCAGGAGAAGGAGGUCAAGUGCACAGAAGAUGUCCUGAAACUCAUUGAAGUGGGCAACAGCUGCAGAACAUCAGGGCAGACGUGUGCCAACGCUCACUCAUCCCGCAGCCACGCGGUGUUCCAGAUCAUUCUUCGGAGGAAGGGAAAGAUGCAUGGGAAGUUCUCCGUCAUCGACCUUGCAGGAAAUGAGAGGGGCGCCGAUACGUCGACUGCCGACCGCCAGACUCUGUCAGGGUCCUCUCCUCAUCCCAUCCCCACCUGACAUCCCUAAAAACCCCUUUUCCCUACCUUUCUCCUCUGUCUCUCUGCCUCUCUGUUCCUCUGUCUCUGUGUCUCCCUUUCAGUCUCCCAUCCGCUCACAGCCAUUUCAACCCAGGGGAAACACUGAACUAGACACACAGUCAGUCAUCAUCUCGCCAUUUUGUGAUUACUAUGCUUUUUGCGCCUUACUAACUCUGUUUCCUCUCGUCUGCCUAGGACCAGCUGUCCAGGCUCCUUGCCCCUGCCCCGACCAGCCCAUUCUGUUCCGAACCUGCUCUGCCUUGACUGCCUGGACCCCUUCUCCGAUUCUCCUCCCCUCUCCUCGUCUUCUGGUGCCCCCCGGACCCCACCGAACCGUUACUGGACCCCGCCACGGAACCCCCGGACCAGCACCGCCGCCAGGGAUCCGCACCAAACAUCUGCCACCACACUCUGCUCCCCACCGGAGCCGCCACGGCCGCCGAUCCCCGGCUUUACUCCCUCCCUGCUGCCAGAACCCUCUAUCCAUCUCCACUGCUUCCCGGACCAUCUCCACCCCUUACAAUAAACCUGUUUUACACCCAAUUCCGCCUUGGUAGCGUGGUCCUCCGCACGGGUCCAGAUCCACCUCACAUGACAGACUGUCUGGAAGGAGCUGAGAUCAACAAAAGCCUGUUGGCCCUGAAGUUCUGUGGACGGCAGCAGUGUUGUCCACAGUGUUUUCUGCCACUUGUUUGUUCGUGAAAAGACAAAAUACACAUUUAUUUCAUUCUUUUUAUUUACUAUAUCCUGUCUUUCCCUCUCUUCUUGUUUCAGGAGUGUAUCAGAGCUCUUGGUCGUAACAAACCACACGCUCCAUUCAGAGCCAGUAAGCUCACCCAGGUCCUGAGAGACUCCUUCAUUGGGGAAAAUUCACGCACA